CAGCACCAGCUGACAAGCUUGCACUCCAGCCCAACAGCACAUUAGCAUCUCUUCUAGUGCGCCCAGCCCCCUAUUAGCCCUUCACAUCCAGCCACCCAGCUUUAAAGCGUUGGGGACAUAGGGAUUGCCUUUUUAGGAGACACCUGAUCACAGCUGAACUCACCGCCGCCCAACACAAAGAAGCUGUGGCUGAUAACGUGAUGCUUUUGUGUGUGUGUGUGUUAGUAUGCGUGUCCACCCUUGAUAUUGAGUGCGAGGUGAGGAACUAGAAGAGAGCCCCGAGGGUGGGAAGGUGGUCGAGCUAUUAUGUAGAAGAGACAGAUUUCUGUGGUUCCACAUCGAGUGGAUAUCUUACUUGUGAGAGCUGGAGAGGCUGUUUGAACUUCCUCAGGAUGUUUUGGGGCAAGACAGUUUGUACUGUUUUCACUGUUCUAUGACCAUGAGUCUGUUCAGUUGGUGAAGAAGACUUUCAGCUGAAAGGAGUUCGAUUGGCAUUUGUUUGUGCUAGGAGCCAUCUAAAGCCCAAGAGAAGUGCGACGACUUCAUUCAAGAGAAGAUCGUGAUUUCGUGAUUAGCUGGGUGAGAACACGUGAGCAGAGCCCAGUGUCAUGGAGAAAUUCAAGGCAGCCAUGGUUCUGGGUGCUGCUGGUGAUGCCUUGGGUUACAGAAAGGGCCGCUGGGAAGGCUUCACCUCAGGCAAGAAGAUCCAGGAGGAACUAGCCUCUCUGGGGGGACUGGGAGCCCUAAAACUGGACCCUGAUAACUGGCCCCUGAGUGAUGCAACACUGAUGCACAUGACCACAGCAGAAGCACUUAUCACAGAUUACUGGUGUCUGGAGGACCUAUACCGGGAGCUGGUGCGUCUGUAUGUUGAAGCCAUGGUGUCUCUCCAGGGCAGAGCCCCUGAUCCUGUCACAGUGGAGGGCUGUGUUCACCUCAAACCUCACAACUUCCUGCUUGCCUGGCAUACACCCUUCAAUGAAAAAGGGUCUGGGUUUGGGGCAGCUGCCAAGGCCAUGUGUGUGGGUAUGAGAUACUGGCAGCCUGAGAGACUAGACAACCUGGUGGAAGUCAGCAUUGAGAUCGGCAGAAUGACACACAACCAUCCCACAGGCUUCCUCGGCUCCCUGACAACAGCACUGUUUGCAUCCUUUGCGAUCCAGGGGAAACCUCUUGUGGCUUGGGGCCGCGAGCUCAUGAAGGUCAUCCCUCGCGCUGAGGAGUACUGCAAGAAGACCAUACGACACAUGGCGGAGUAUCAGGAAAACUGGUUCUAUUUUGAGGCCAAGUGGCAGUUUUACCUUGAGGAGAGAGAGAUAGACAAGGAAGGACAGGACAAACCUUUGCUCACUGAUCGCUAUGAUGCCGAAGAGACAGACAAGAUGUAUAAACGCUGGAGUUCAGAGGGCCGUGCUGGCCGCAGAGGUCACGAUGCCCCCAUGAUAGCCUACGACGCCCUUCUGGCUGCAGGGAGUGACUGGACUGAACUGUGUAAACGAGCCAUGUUCCAUGGAGGUGAGAGUGAAGCCACAGGCCUGAUCGCAGGUUGUUUCUAUGGCCUAAUGCACGGCCUGAGCCAGGUACCCCCGGGCCUACACCAGGAUUUGGACAAAAGAGAGCGCCUGGAGGAGCUGGGAGAGGCACUGUACAAGGCAGCAUCUGCAGAGAAAUGCAUAGACAAGUAAUCCUGACCUUCACUGGCCUGAACCCUACUGGCUAUCAGCGGAACUGCACAUGACUUUAAAACUGCUUCUCUCUGUCCCACACUACCCUCUAGUCCUGUCUCAGUUGGCUAAGAAGCUUCCUUUUCUCUUCUCACCUAUCUUGCCCUCUUCUCCUUGAUUUUGCUGUCCACUUUCCACAGAUCUGACACAAGCGCUUUCUGCUAGAUUAUCUCUCCAUUCCAACAUCUGGAAUCAGUUUAUGGCAGGGGAUAUGACACAGGAUGACUUUAAGGCCAAUGCUCCAAUGACUUGUCUCUCGGAAAAGAAAACUCUUUUGCCUUUAUACAAUUUAAUUUCCUUCUCUGACAUUUUCCUUCUCCAAAUCUAACCUGUAUUAACAUUAAGCUCAGUUAUUUUUUAUCGUGGAAUAAUUCCUUAAAAUCUGCAUAAAAUUUUGUGCAAAUAUCAUCUACUGUGGGUAGUAGCCUAAUUGAUUUAAAAGUCUCAACAGGAGGCUCAGCAUACCUGAUUUCCUGCUAUUGCCUCAUAAAUGAAUAGUUUUCGAUUUGGAUUCAACCUAUCUUUCGUAUCAGUGCAUGUGAAAUUUGGUUGAAAUUAUGAAAUGAUUUUAACUUUUAUGCAUAACAUUAGAAUAGUAAUUAUGUUUUCUCAUACUAUUUAUUAUAUUAUUUGCACUGUGAUGCUCUACAGGUACAGUGUAACAUAUUGUGAAAGCACCAGUACAUGGUGAAUAUUAAUAUGAUAUGACAAUUAAAAUGGACUA